GAUGGAAGCACUAGACGAGCAAUCUGUUUGUUUAUUGGUCGAAAGGUGGCCUUCUUUCUUCAAUAGCAAAAUGGCCGAAUUUCGUAGGAGCACGACAGACGUCCCGGAAUGUUUGUGUGCAUAAACGUGGAAUAAUCAUCGUUGUAAAUAAACUGAAGUGCUAGUGCCGUCCUUUUGUGUCAGUGAAUGCUGUGUUACCCAGUGCCUACGUUGUGAUCUAGUUUUUAACAAGGUGUUUUAUCAGUGUUUUGUGUCUUGUUUUCCCGAGUAACAUCGGCCUGACAUCUGUUUUGGAUUUAUGUUGACUUGAUAACGGUGAUGCUGGGCGGGGCAGGGUCGCCGGGCGGCGAUGAGCUGCUCACUGUCACCGUCGUCCGCGACGAGCACGGAUAUGGCAUGAAAGUGUCCGGCGACAACCCAGUAUACGUGCAGUCAGUAAAAGAGCACGGGGCCGCAUGGCGCGCCGGGCUGCGGGCGGGCGACCGCAUCCUGCGGGUGGACGGCGUGCCUGUUCACCACCACACGCACCAGCAGGUCGUCAUGAUGAUCCGAGCCAACCCAACCGCCGUCCUGACGGUGCAUCAGAACACCUCGCGCCACAAAACUCCUAUCACCGCGCCUCAGCCUGUAAAUCCGGAAAAACAAAGGCAGCUGGAGGUGUCCAAAGUGCACACGAUGAGGCUGAUGCUGGAGCAAGAGCAGAAAUACAUCCGUGAGCUACGCAACGAACUCUCCAAAGUGCCUGACGUGAGGAAGCAGGCGCAACUGGAGUCCUCCGAGCAACGUUGCGCCACUCUCCAGCACGAGAUAGACUCCAUCACCGCCGGACAUCCCCCACAGCUCGAACCAUCGCCGGCCACUCCACGACUCUCAAGAACCAAGACCAAUCUCGACAAGCCAGCCGGCUCACCACCACCUACCAGCUUUCUUAGCGGCCUACCGAGAUCUCUAAGCAACUUAACCGGACAAAGCUUAAGGAAUCUAAGGACUAGACAAAACAAUAAACAAGAGAAUACACCACCUUUAGUCAGACAAAACUCAGAUGAGACUAAUAAAAGACGACACGUACAUAACAACACAGUUCCAAUGGUCCCUACAACGUGUCUGGAUAAUACACCCCCACCGUUACCUCCAAGGUCUAUUGAGCGUCCGAAGCGAAGUCCGUUGUCGCCAAACAUGACUCCGAUGAAUCCUUUAGCGAAACCGAAACCGAGCUCUUCCGUCUCACCGGCUCAUAAGUAUUAUAAAAGAGAUAGAGGAUCGCCGAUGCAUCAGUCAAUGCCGUCGUAUGAGAGUCAGAAGUUAAGGAUGUCGUCUCAUUCGUUGGAUGGCGAGUUAGAUGGUCCACAGCCUAACUCUAUAGCCCUACAGAUGAGCUACCCGCUGGUGAAUGUCCCGCCUCCGCCGUUGCAGACGGACGAUAGAACAGGGUUGCCGAUACUGCAUGUUAGGAGCCAAUCGUCGCCCGAGCAUUUAGACCACGGGCUACCUAGGUCGGGCUGGGCGCUGGGCACGCCGCCGCCGGGCACGCCGCCGCCGCCCUACGCGCACAACACGCAGCCGUGCGCGGAUCCACAAAGGGCCAUCAUUUCUAUGGAGGAGGAUGAUUCGCCCGCCUGUGAAACAUCGAAUCCCGGCCUGUUCUCGAAUCUUCGAACGGUGUUGGACUCCAAGGCACGAACGGCGGUCUUACUCAACUGGCUUUUGGGAGAGAGAAGAUGCGCUUGCGCUACCCUUCUCCUCCUCAUCACAGACGGCUAUCGAUCCGCGCAGGGUGUACCCACGUCUACCCUCCGUCGUUGGGCCUACGAGAUACAGUCUACCUUCCUUGCACCAGCCGCCGUGUUACGACCUCCAACUUUAGACCCGCAGGCGGUUAAAGAGGUCGAAGAUGCUUUACAUGACGAUUACGAUAAAGAAGAAAUACUCCGCAACGUCUUCCGAAAAGCGCGACAGAAGGCGAAAGAAGAAAUGGCGCAACAACUCAACGAAUUUCAAGUGAAAAGACAAGUCGGCUUAGGUGGUCUCUACGGACCGGACGACGCUCAGAUCGAGAGAUGCGUCGUUGACAAGGCUCAGGAACAAGUGAUAGUCGAGCGGCUCCUAGUACAAUGUUUAUCAGGAGUCGCCAGCGCGGGCGCCGGCAGCGCGGGCGCGGGCGCGGGCGGCUGCGGCGCGCGCGCGGAGGGGAGGGCCGCGCUGCUGGCCGCGCUGCAAGCCGCCGCCUUGUAUCUGCAGUGCAGGCCGGCGACGGUGGCGGCGGCGGCGGGCGGCGCACGCGUAGGGUUCCUGCAGCGCGACAAGCUGUACAAGCAGCGCGUCAAGCAGCUCGCCAAGAUGAACCCGCAGCCGUUCAUAGUCCGCGGCCACCACCUCCAACUCCAAGCUCUGACCUCGGAAGCGCACUGCCAUUAUUGCGACGAGGUCAUUUGGGGUCUGGCUCCUCAGGCAUACUUCUGCACGGAUUGCAAGCUGCGCGUCCAUCGCAACUGCGCCAAGUCCGUGGAAGAAGCGUGCAUUAUAACCGGCGACCACAACAACCGGAUAUCCCGUCUCAUAGACCUAAUACACCCCGCUCAUCAACCACAGGACGACAAGAAAGCGAAAAAAGCUGCGAGUACAGCACAUUUUCUCAACAUGGAGCGCAGCACCCGCAAGCUAGAAGACGACCAGCUUCCCCGGGCGGAGCACGCGCUCACCCCGCCUCAAGCUAACCUCUGCCAGUGA